UAUCGACACCUUAUCAUUCUUAAUGGUGUAAUCUCUGUCGGACACGUAUGAUAAAUAUAUUAUUGUACAUACUCGUGGAGUGGGUAAUUUUAUAAAUAAGUUUAAGUGCGCUCAGAAAUCUUUUCUGUUUCUAAAAUUAUCGCCCGUCAAGACGACCAGAACAUUCCUACACAAAACGCGUCGUUUCAAGUUAAUAAAAAUCGUUAAAUUGCGAUCGUACAGAUAAUAAUAAAUAAAGUUUGUCCUUGUAUAAAGUGAAGUUAUUCAAUUAUAUGUGCUUACCUAUUACUAUUUAUUAAUAUUAGUAAGGGAAGAAAUGCCAGAAACCAUAAAAGUUAUUAUACUAGACGACGAUCAUGACAACUGGCAUCACUAUAGUGACUUUGAAGAUUCAUACGAAGGUGAUGAGGUCGCUUUGAAAAAGAAGAAACGUUAUUGUAGCAAAGAGGUCAAUGGAAAAUGUCUAUUACCUCAUAUACGGUAUCCAGAUGGGUCAGUCAAACUUAGAAAUCCAAAUAUUGAGCUCAUGGACCAGGACAUCCUUUACCAUUUGGCUUUGGGAAGUGGGUCGCAUGAUCUCGUCGAGAUGUUUGGUGACAUAAAGUUUGUUUGUAUGGGUGGCACCCCAAAACGUAUGGAACAAUUUGCGUAUUUUAUAAUGGAAGAAAUUGGCCACAAGUUGCCUACUGGAACAACAUUAUUAGACAUAAGCCAAUAUUCAUAUCGUUAUAGUAUGUUCAAAGUCGGACCUGUACUGGCCGUUAGUCACGGAAUGGGGGAACCCUCUUUAUCAAUUCUUUUACACGAAAUAUUUAAACUUCUGCAUUACGCUAAAGUGCAAGAUCCGAUAUUCUUCCGAUUGGGAACUUCAGGUGGUUUGGGGGUGGAUCCCGGAACAGUGGUUGUAGCAAAAAAGGCUGUAAACGGAUAUUUACAAGAGCACUAUUCUUUGGCGAUUUUGGGAAAACCGACUGAAAGGCCAGCAGUUAUCCACUCUGAAUUAGCUGACGAUUUAAUAGAAAUCGCAAAAGAACUGGAAUAUCCUGUUACACCAGGAGUAACCAUGUCUGCGUUAGAUUUUUAUGAAGGACAAGGAAGACGUGACGGGGCUUUUUGCGAGUACACAGAAGAAGAAAAACUUGAAUUUUUACGAAAAGCUUACUCGAUAGGAGUCCGCAAUAUUGAAAUGGAAGCGGCAGCUUUUGCUGCUCUCACCUACAAGGCUGGAAUCAAGGCUGGAGUAAUUAAUGCCACUUUCCUGGAUCGCCUUGUAGAUGAUCAAGUGAGAACUGAUAGGGAACAACUUAGCGAAUGGGAGGCACGACCGCAGAAAAUAGUUGCUUUAUAUAUUAAAAAGUUUUUAGANUAA